AUGGCCAACCAAUCUGCUUCAUACCUGCUCGUGGCUCUGUGUCUGCUCGUGCUCGUGGCGAAGCACGCCGAGGCGAGGCCGCCCCGGCUCGUGCCCGCGGUCUUCGUGUUCGGCGACUCCACCGUCGACGUCGGGAACAACAACUUUCUGGGCGGCACGCGAAAGGAGGGCAAAGCCAACUUCCCGCAGUACGGUGUGGACUUCCCGACCUCGAUGCCCACCGGCCGGUUCAGCAAUGGCUUCAACACCGCAGACCAGCUAGCUCAGCUACUUGGCUUCCCGAUGAGCCCUCCGGCCUACCUCUCACUGUCGAGGCCGCUGAAAUUACACCAGCUCAGUAAGGGAGUCAACUUUGCGUCAGGAGGUUCAGGACUUGGCAAACACACCGGCCGUUUAAUCGCUGGUGAGGUGAUCCCGAUGAGCCUGCAGCUGGAGUACUUUGCGACGGUUGUCGAGCACAUUUCCAAGAGUGCAGGUUCGAGGAGAACCGCCAGCUUCCUCUCCAAGUCCAUCUUCUUCAUCAGCACCGGCAGCAACGACAUGUUCGAGUACUCCUUCUCCCGUAGCGACGACAGCAUGUUCUUGCUCGGCCUCGUCGCCUCCUACAAGCAUCAUCUCAAGUCCCUGUACCGGCUGGGCGCGAGGAAGUUCAGCAUCAUCAGCAUCCCGCCUCUGGGGUGCACUCCGUCGCAGAGGCUGCGGCGGCUCGAGCAGAUGGGCACCCAGGGCUGCUUCGACCCCCUGAACGACCUCUCGCUCCGGUCAUACCCGAUGCUGGCCGCGAUGGUGGAGGAGCUGGCGCACGAGCUGCCCGGCAUGGCCUACUCCCUCGGAAACGCCUACAAAAUGGUCUCCUUCGUCUUCGCCAACCCACAGACAAAAGACUGGCAUUUCACGGAGCUGGUGGUGGCGUGCUGUGGCGAGGGGCCGUUCGGAGCGUCCGGCUGCAACCAGACGGUCCCGUUGUGCCCCAACCGCAACGACCACCUGUUCUGGGACGGCAACCACCCGACGCAGGCGGUGUCCGCCAUCGCCGCGCAGACGCUCUUCGUCGGCAACGGGACGUUCGUCAACCCCAUGAACGUCCUGCAGCUGGUCCAGCUGUAA